GAUGCAGAAGCAGCAGAUGCAGAAGCAGCAGAUGCAGGUGCAGCAGGUGCAGCAGAUGCAGGUGCAGCAGAUGCAGCAGAUGCAGAAUCAGCCGGUGCAAAAGAUUCAGGUGCAGCAGCAACCGACUCAACAGGGACAGAAUCAGCUGGUACCGCAGGCCAUGUGGCCUCAAUUCUUUCCCGCCGCAAAGCCAGUUCCCCCGGUCCUUCACAUCUCCGGCUUCGCUAACACUGUGCAGCGCCCAGCGUUUAUCCCGAGUCGUGGCCCCCCAACCGCUCGUCCUCCUCCGCUUCUCACGCCCCCAAGCCUGAUGGACUUUGUUCAUCGGACAAUGCCACCUUCGGACAGUCAGCCUCAGGACACGGCUGCAAGAUCCAAGAGCCUGCCGACAGCAGCCAUGAUGCACGAUUACGCAGCAGCCACGCCGAGAGUCUUUCCACAUACUUGUUGUCUGUGUAACCGAGAUUGUCAACGUAUGCCGGAUUGGAUCUCCCACCAGAACUCCAACCUUCACCUGAGGAAAUGCAAACUCCUCCGAACACAAUUCCCAGAGUGGGAUGGUGACAUUGCUCUCAGUGCUGCGGGUGACGAGGCCGAGCCCUCAGCCUCCUCACAGACUUCCCAGCAUCUUCAGAAAGCCAGACAUGGAAGCAGCUCCCGCUCCCCGAGCCCGCGUCACCAUCGGCCCGGCGACAGGCGGGACAAACGCGGCCGGCGAUCACCGUCGCCGUACAGCCCCAGAUGCACUCGCAGGUCCCGCUCCCGCUCCCCGUGGUCCGACCACCCGGCCUCCUCCCGCCAUCGGUCACCUUCAAGAAGCCCUGAGAGACGAACCUCGCCCAGGAGAAGAGAAGAUAGAUGGUCAUCUCCGAGGAGGAGCCGGGAGAGGCGAUCAUCUCCAAGGUGGAGCGACGGGAGGCAGUCUCCAUCGAGGAGGAGAAGCGAGAGGGAGUCUCCAUCGAGGAGGAGAAGCGAGAGGGAGUCUCCAUCGAGGAGGAGAAGCGAGAGGGAGUCUCCAUCGAGGAGGAGAAGCGAGAAGGAGUCUCCAUCGAGGAGGAGAAGCGAGAGGGAGUCUCCAUCGAGGAGGAGCGGCGAGAGACGAUCGCCUGAACGUAAGACGAGCAGGACGGACCACUUGGUGAAGAAACUGCUGGAAACAUCAGCUGUCCAGAGUCUGUCCAAGCAGUCUGACCUGGAGACGGUGGUUAAGACUCUGGCUCCGGCCUUACUGGCCGAGCUGGCCAAGAUGAAGUCCACGUCAUCGUCUUCCGUUGGAGAAAAGCCCUCCUCGUCUUCUGCCUCCAAGCAGUCGGCCAAAAAGGCCUCAACGACGAAUGAAACCAGCGAGGUGAAACUGGAGGGGGUUCAUAACGUCUUUCACAGUGAGGUGGUGGCUGCUGUGCAGAAAUUUGGGAAGAUCAAGUCCGUUGUCCUGCACCGGGCCACAGAGGAGGCAAUCGUGACAUUCGAUAAAGUAGAAGACGCCAGGAAAUUGAGGAGCUUAAAGAGCGUCGACGUGAAAGGGCAUCGAAUCACUGUUGCUGGACGAAAGGAGACUGUUGCCAAGAAGCUAAAGCCUUCCCAGAAAAAACCAGCCACGGGCGUCGCCUCCACUCCUCAAACCACAAGAAAGGCCCAUGACCCUGAACCUUCCAUUUCUACUCUUAAAUGUCCUGCAAAGCCCCCGUCUUCACCUUCUGGAGCCAAAACGGCCACAACAAGCCGACUCCAGAAAAGUGGCGUGAAAGGCUCAGUCAAAGGUCGAGGGACUGUCACUCAAACAAAAACAAAGAACAUCUCAGCCAAGCCAAUAAACAAAGGAAAGUUGCCUUUGAAGAGAGCUGUGAGAAAAACAUCACCAGGGACCAAGUCCACAUCUCCAAAAUCCACCCCAGAAGAACCUGAAACCAAGGUUCAAGGAGCCACGGUGGUCAAAAAGGAUCUCGGCGAAGCGAAUGUCCCCAAAGAGGCGGAACCAAGGACGAUUAAGGGAACGGGAGCUGAAGUGGAGGAGCCCAUGGAAGUGGCAAGUAGUGCAGAGAAAGAGGAAGAAACAACAACCACGGAGGCGGCGGCAGAAAGUUCAGCAGACGAACCUGCCGGUAGUCGACCUGCGAGCAGCGAAGCUGAUACGGGGCCGACCGAAACCUCGGGACCGGAGUCCGGCGCACAAGGACCGGAGACCCGGGCGGAACCUUCAGGCAUCACGCAGGAGGCCGCAGGAAUCUCCACGGAAGCAGCUGAGGAGGCCAAGCUGCCAGCGGGACGAGUGGAGACAGAAACAGCGGGAAAAGAAUUUGACCUUGAGGAUAAAACUCCGGAGGCAGAGAGUUCAGCCGGCCAAUCCGGUGAGAGGGAACCGUCCUCCGUCGAAGCUUCGCCCCCCACCCAGCAGAGCACCUGCUCAGAACCGCAGUCCGCUGCACCAGGACCGCAGCAGGAAGCAGGAACCUCCACUGAAGCCUCCACGGAGGCCAAGCCGCCAGAUCCUGAGCAGGCGGUGGAUACCCAAGGAGAGGCAGAAUCAUCCGCGUGGGCUUCCAGGAGCAACGCGCCGCUGGCCACGGCCAUCGGCACUGAUGCAGUGUUUUUUGGGGAGACGCUGGGAUGCCAGAUGUACCCAAGCAAAAUACCGUCAGUGCCGGACACGACCCUCUCUAGUGAAGAGAUCAUUGCGAAAGGUUACAGGCAGUUGGUCGUUGGCCACCUGCCGGACUACGACAGCUGCUGCUACACAGAGGAAGACCUGGCAAAUGUGCUCAUCCCAUUUGGCUUUCAAUAUGCAGAAGACCGCAUCUACGUUCUUCCUCAGUCACGCAUGGCCGUCAUCGUUAUGCCGACGGCUGAGGAUGUGCACAAAAUGAUCACCGGCCCCGUCAGGGAGGGCAUUUUCUUCAAAGGACGGAAACUCUCUUUCCGUGUUGCAACUGACAAUCCGAUGUUGACACCGUUCGAGUUUUAUGAAUCACUGACGAACCAGUUUCGUUACUUCAAGUGUUCCAAAUCACGCACAAAGCCACUUCGUUACACUGUGGAUGGUAAGGGAACACAAACCAUCUUCAUCACAAACAUUUCAUGGAGCGAGGCCUUGAAGCUCCGAGAGUCUUUGAAAACAAUCCAACACGUCAAGAACUUCUUUCCUCUCCUCAACAAGGUGUUCGUGGACUUUGAGAGCUCUUGGCAUGCUGAUCGGCUCGGCGUCUGGUACAGUCUCCUGAAGCGAGCCCCUAAUCACAAAGUCACCAGGCUGACCGCGCCAGGCGUUCACAGUUACACCAAGAAACCACCAAGACAUCCCGAGUGCGCUCUGCCUCCCAGCGAGGAUGCUGUUACCGGGGCAACCGUCCCGCCAAUGGAAUUCGGCAUUCCGCAGGGCAAUGUUGAACCGUUCUGGGUGACGCUGAGAUCGGAUCCCUUCCUGUUCCUGACCCGGUCUCCUUGGUUCAUCAUCCCAAAAUUCCAGACAGUCCGAACACUGAAUGAUAUUGCGAAGGCCGUGCGCGGCCCCAAGAUCCCAACCGUCAUGUUGACCGGAUUACCGGAGGGAAACUACCGGCACGACGACGUGGUCAAGCUGGUCCGGCGCUUUUUCCCCAGAUGGAGCCUCUCCUCUGCGUUCUACGACGUGGUGGUCUUACCUCUGCAGAGGAGGGCCUUUGUGUUUUUCGCUGAUUGGACUUCGUGCUGCAGUUUCGUCCGGGAUCGUUUAAGAAAGCAGGUUUCUGUGCUGGAUUGCCCGCUCACGGCUCACUUUGUCUUGGAGGACAUGAAUCCCUUCUCCACUGAGGAGACGAUGUACGCGACUCUGAUGAAGUGGAGCAACGCUGGGGUCCCGGAGCCGGAGGGUCUGGAGGAGCGGCUGCUGUGCGUGGAGACCUCCGAGACGUCGCCGCACAUCACGAGGGCCGUCAUGGGCGCCGUGGCGUCCGUGGCGUCCUUCGCCGGCUUCCUGCCGCUCGCCAACAGGAUAUGCAUCGAGAUGACGGACUCCGGCGCUGUAGCCCAGGUGGUGAAGGAAUUGAACCAUCUCUUAAAAGGGUCCACGGAUAAACCUGAAGCUUGGAGUGAAGUUCAACAUGUCGAGACUGUGAAGAGCCUGAAACAGCGUCUUCAAUAUUCUAGCGAGAACCAGAACUUACAAGACGGCUCCGUCAAAGUCCAAACCGAGCCCCUUGCUGCGAAGCGUCCAACCCCGCCCUCCUUACCUGGACUACCGGAUAUUGGGUCACAACCUGCCGAGAGAACCGGUGGCUCAGGUGGAUCCACCGUUGCUCAGCCCGUCCCAGCAGGACCAGGUGCUGGUGCCGCCAGCGACGCCUCCUUGGAAGAGGACGAGGAGAAAGUAGCCACCGAGUCCGCUUUUGGUCCCGGAGACGUAGAGAAAGCAGAAGAACGGGAGGACGAGGAGCCACUCGCGACGUCAGCCUUUACUGCUGAUGUGACCUCUGAUCUGGGUCCUUCCCCGUCAGCCACAGCGCUCGCGCCCCAAGAAAGCUUCGCCGCGCUUCCUCAGAUUAACGCCGACGUUUUCCAGGCCAUCGCGGCGGCAGUUCGCAACCACCGGCUCACCCGAGAGAGCCGCUCCAGGAGCGAGGAGAAGGAGAGGACCAGCAGCAGCAGCAGAAGCGCGAGAGGUGCAGCGGCUGAAGACGCGCCGCAAACGGAGGCUCAGGAUGAUGCUACGUGUCACAUGGCCUCGCCCGAUGCCGCUCGCUUCGAUGAGCUUAAUUUCAACAUGGAUGACUUUGUCACUGUCGACGAGGUCGGCGAUGACGUGGGCGACAGAAGCCCCGAGCCUCAUGGCUCCUCUUCAUCCAGGCAGUCCUCCGGACCAGGAAGAGAGGGACAAAGCCUCCAAGUGUCCGCUGGCAAACAGACCUCGACGGGGUCCUGGAAAGACUCUAAAAGCACAGCAUCUGCCUCUCCUUCCUCAUCCAAGUCCACCGAAGACUUGAGCUCUUCGGUCUGUGGCUCACCAACCAGGUCCUCCAUCAAACCCUCCGCCAGGGCCAGAAAGGCCGUCCCCUCGUCCCCGCUGUCUACUGAAACCCCGUCUGCACAUUCUGCAGCCAAAGCCUCCACCGCUGCGUCCUCCGGUUUACGUACCCGCUCGUCCUCUGCACGGGAAACAAAGAGGAUCGCCUCAGCAGCAGCGUCCUCGGCAGCAACGUCCUCGGCAGCAGCGUCCUCGGCAGCAACGUCCUCGGCAGCAACGUCCUCGGCAGGAAGUCUCUCCGAGCAGCUUUUGGAAGGACAAGACGCAGAGCGCACGGUGGACGAGUCCGACCAAAAGAUGUCAGAGACACUAAUAGAAACCUCAUCAGAGACACUAAUAGAAACCUCAUCAGAGACACUAACAGAAACCUCAUCAGAGACGCAUCCGCCUCACGGAGAACGUGGGUCAGAGAGUCUGGAGAUCGACAUUAACGUCAAGACACAACAGCAGAAGCAAAGCGCAGAAGAAAAGGAAGAAGAUGAUGUUGACAAACGUACCAAGGUGGAAGAAGACCAAAGCCACCGAGCUGUUGGUCCGCUCGGGGACGGAACCGAUGACCCGAUGGACGAUGGGGAGCGAACACGCAGCUCUGAAGCCCAGACGAGCGGACCGAACGCAGGCCAGACUUUGCGUGACGAAAGCCUCCAGGUGGCGGACGGCGUCGGCGACGAGGUCCUAACCGGCCCACCGAGGUGUGAGGAGAUGGAGGUUGACGCUUCUCUCCAGGUGUUGGACAGCGUUACAGAAGGCGAAGCCGCUACAGGACAAGAGGACAGCUCCACGGGAACGUCUGGGGAUCAUUUACAGCUGUUAGAUGCAGGUAGUGAAGACACGCCGAGGGACAUGGGGGACGAGAAGAGGACAGCAGAGGACGAAGUCAAAGCUAAGGAUAAUGGUGACAGACUGGUUCCAAAUGAAGACCGUUCUCUUCCUGACGCCGGAAACAAGGAAAACUCCAAGGACCCAGAAAGGGACGUAACUGGACAAGAAGCCUUUGAGAUAUUGGAUCCGAUCGACGAUCUCACUUCAGCAGAAGAUCACGGCCAGAACCAUGAAAUGAACAGUGGCCAAAUCUCCCAAGAAGACAUCCUGGCCACGGAGGACGAGGAAGACGCAUAUCGGGUAAUUGACUCGGUGGAGGACCAGCCAAUGACUACGGACUCUGAGACCGGCCACCAAGGAAGAAGAAACUCGAGAGGGACGGCGACCGCCAGAAAAGACAACAAGCCGUCCAAGAGGAGGGAACCCACAACCACCGCGUCCACAAGGGACGAGAAGGAGCCGUCCCCAAAGAAACCAGACAGAGCGGGUCAAAGAUAUGAGACGCGGUCAAAGCCGGACCUCAUUGCAAAGGUUUCCGAAAAAGACAAAGAGGUCCCCGAAGACGUUGAGUUUAAGAUAGUAGAUUCUGUAGAAGAAGAACCGGUUCGACUCGCUGCCACCCCGGAGAUGUCUGUCAGAAGAAGAAGUGCGAGAGGAAAGAAAGAGGACAAAACCACAGUGGAUCUCACAGACGCGUCCAACAAAGCAGAGGAGGCUACUUACAAGAUCUUAGACUCUGUGGACGAUGAGGAACCGACAGCAAGAGCCACCAGAGGAAGAAGAGGACGGACGACGAAGAAAGAGGCCUCAAAUGAGAAGACCGAAGACACCCCGACGGGACGCAAGCAAACUCCCGCCAGAGAGUCACAGGAACCAAACGGGGGAGAGAAAGGCGCUUGGAGAGCGAGCACCCCGUCACGGAGGAGCGGCAGUGUGGUGAGCGAGUUCAGCCAGGAGGAGCGACCCGCUACAAGAAGCAAAGGGACGAGGGGAAGACCAAAGAAAGGAGCCAAAACAACUAAAACAUCAGCAUCUAAAGAUGCGCCUGGCGAGGAAGAGGCGGCGUAUCGGGUCCUGGACUCCGUGGAGGACGAGGCGGAGAGCGCUCUGAUGGACGUGGACCAGCAGAGGCUGAGGAGUGAACCGCUCACAGGAUCGCCCAAAGACGGAGAGGAGGACGAGCCGAUGUAUCGCAUCAUCGAUUCUCUGGAUGACGAUCAACUAUUGACCGGAGGGGACGAGACACGGGAAGGGGCAUCGGCUGAAGAAGAGGACGCCUCACCGCGCGCCGGCGAGGACGACGGGGCUGUGGAAGAGGAGCCGCUGUAUCGGAUCGUCGACGACGUGGACGAGUCGUCUCCUGCAGGACCUCAGAGGGAUCCCGCCGGUCCUGGAAUGGACGGCGAGAAAGACGACACGGCGCGCAGUCUGGUGAACCUGGACGAGGUGAGCGAGGAGGAGGAGGAGUACCCCGACGACACGGCCGAGGAGGAGGAGCUGAGGAGGCGACAAGCCGCCGCAAAGGAGAAGCAGAUCGCCGAGGAGCGAGCAGCGAGGAGGACCAGGGAGAGCGAGGAGAGGAGGACCAGGGAUGCGGAGCGAAGGAGCCGGAGCGGCAGCAGCAGUAGAGGAGGCGGGGCAGGGAGGAGGAGGGAAGAGGAGGAGACGGGGGCGGUGGACCCCCAGGAGCUGGUGACUCUGGAUGAGGUGGGAGCAGAUGACGGCGGAGAGGAGAGAGCAGCGAGCGGCACGGAGUGGGACGGCGAGAUCACGGGGGCGGAGCUGCAGACGCUCGUCACUCUGGACGAGUUCAUAGAAGGAGAAGAGGAGGACGGGAAGGUGGAGCAAAGCCCUCGGAAGCCCCGCCCACCCAGCCAGGAGGAGGAGUCCGUGGACCUCUUGGACCCAGAGGCUUUGGUGACUUUGGAUGAAGCUGGCGACGAUGAGGAGGAGCAGCCGGACGAAGAGCCAGCUGAGAGCAGAUCUGCCAAACGCAAAAACAAUGACGACUCAGCUUUAGAAGACAGUGUCCACUUUGUGACGGUAGACGAGGUGGGAGAGGUGGAGGAGGAGGAGGAAAAGGAAGCGGUGCAAACCAGGAAAAGAGGACGACCCAAGAAGAGAAGCCGACAAACUCCUGUGAGGAAAUCGGCCAGAGUGAGAAAGGGGACCACAAAAGAGGAGAGCGCUGAAGAAAGGGAGCCAGCCGCCAGCGAUCUGCUGCCUCCAUCUGCAACCGACGCCCCCCCGUCGCGGGGCAGAGGUCGUUCUGCGUUGUCACGUGUCGGCCAGCCGGAGAUUCAGAGGACGGAGACUGAUGCUGCCGCCGGGGGGGAGCCGGAGCCGCAGCAUCCUGAGAACCAGACCCAGGAGCCAUGUGGGGAGGAGGAGAAGUGGGACAUUAAAGCUGCCGGUAAGCGGACGAGGGAGCUUCUGGGACCCGAAGCCAAGCGAUCUCGCUCUCAGUCUCCGUGCGUCGCCGCCGACAUCAAACUGCCGGCGUUCAAACCCAACAACCCGCUCGGUCGGGAGUUCGUGGUCCCCAAGUCGGGUUAUUUCUGCAACCUGUGCUCCGUUUUCUACCUGACCGAGAGCGCCGCCAAGGACCUGCACUGCAGCAGCCGCAGACACUACGACAACCUGCAGAAACAUUUCCAGGAGCUUCGACUGAAACCACAGAGCAGUUCCACACAAAGUUCUCAAGGCUCCGUUUCCGACUGAUCCCCACUUUUAGUUUUAACUUUUACCAAAUAUGUGAAAGUGGUGAUGGCGGACAGCUUUACCGCCCCCUGCAGGGUGUAAUAAGCAAUGUUGGUCAUAACUAAUUGCUGUCUUAAUAGUAGCCUCUUUUUUAUAUAUAGAUGUGUAAAUAUUACGUGUAACCUAAGACCUGAGUAACAUAAUUACUAAAUACUUCAGCACGUAUUGUCUCAAAUCAAACCUCCAACUCUACAGUCCAAGUUCCAUUUCACAUGAACUCAUUUACUCAACCCUAAUCAAUAAAGGAUUACGACAGUAUUAUUCUUUAAAUA